AUGAAUCAUUUUGAUAAAGGUGAAAUUCCAAUUCUGUCAGAAAGUACAUGUGCACAACGAUCUAAUGAACCUCAGGAUUCUACCUUCCGAAGAAACAUAUCAAGCACACCAAGUGCUUCAAUAUCGAAUCUUGUCGGACAUACUGGUCCGCUUCAUACCGCGAGGAAAACUCCUGUUUACCGAAUGAGUGGUCCACUGUAUGCUACUCCUGCAACUGGGAAUCCUUUUCAGAAUAGUAUAAUAGUGGCAGGAAACAAAGUAGGGGAGAACAACAUAGAAAAGUUAUCUACAUUUGAUGGCACGGAUAAAAAUGAACACUUGUUGAGGUCUGGACAACUAGGAAUGUGUAAUGAUCCUUAUUGUACUACUUGCCCUACUUCCUUCAAAGUUGCUCACCAAAAAAAACCAAGAGCUUCCACUAUAUUUGAUCCCAAGUUCCACAAUUCUCUUUAUGGCGACGCCAAAGGUUAUGGACGAAAAGUUUAUUCUUUCUGCUCUUCAUGUAUUCCUGGAGUGAUGAACCCUCACACAAAAAUUGUACAGCAAUGGAACAAGUUUUUGGCCAUAUUUUGCCUGCUCGCAAUUUUUGUUGAUCCCUUAUUUUUCUUCUUACUUUAUGAUAAUAAAUGUAUUCAAAUCAACUGGACAAUGGCAACAACACUUGUUUUACUUAGAAGCAUAUUUGAUGUUGUGUAUCUCCUGAACAUUCUUCUUCAGUUUAGGUUGGCUUAUGUUUCUCCUGAGUCAAGGGUUGUUGGUGCUGGGGAUUUAGUCGACCAUCCCAAGAAAAUAGCUGUUAAUUACUUUAAGAGCUACUUUUUCUUGGACUUAUUUGUUGUAUCACCUAUUCCUCAGAUAAUGAUAAUGUUUAUCCUACCAAAUUCCUUGGGGUCAUCAGGAGCAAAUUAUGCAAAAAAUCUUCUACGACUAGGGAUCCUUGUACAAUAUAUUCCAAGAUUAUUCAGAUUUUUGCCUCUGCUAAUUGGUCAGUCUCCAACCGGAUUCAUAUUCGAAUCAGCCUGGGCAAAUUUCAUUAUUAAUCUUCUCAUUUUUAUGCUAUCCGGCCAUGUUGUUGGUUCAUGCUGGUACCUCUUUGGCUUACAGAGGGUUAACCAAUGUUUGCGUGAUGCCUGCCGUAAUGCUAAUCUAACUGGAUGCAUGGAAUUGAUUGAUUGUAAUUCUAAUGCUACAUGGAGGAAUGAUAAGGGUGCCAAUGAUUGUUUGAAUUCCUCAUCUGGUGUUUUUUCUUAUGGAAUCUAUGCCAAUGCUGUACCACUUACGAUAGAAACUAGGGUGAUCAGCAAAUAUGUGUAUGCACUGUUUUGGGGAUUCCAGCAAAUCAGUACUAUGGCUGGUAAUCAAGUACCAAGCUAUUUUGUGUGGGAAGUUCUCUUUACAAUGUCCAUCAUAGGAUUGGGACUCUUGCUUUAUGCGCUUCUCAUUGGAAACAUACAGAACUUUCUUCAGGCUCUUGGACGGAGGAGGGUAGAAAUGCAACUUAGAGGUCGUGAUGUUGAGCAAUGGAUGAGUCAUCGCCGCUUACCAGAAGAUCUUAAGAGGAGAGUACGGGAGGCUGAACGGUAUACUUGGGCUGCAACAAGGGGCGUUCCUGAGGAAAUGGCUCUAGAAAAUUUGCCAGAAGAUCUCCAGAAAGACAUUAGACGCCAUCUCUUCAAAUUUGUAAAAAAAGUUCGAAUAUUUUCCAUGAUGGACGAGGAUGAACCUAUCUUAGAUGCCAUUCGUGAGAGACUAAUACAGACGACAUACAUUAAAGGAAGUAGAAUUCUGAGUCAGGGUGGUCUCGUACAAAAGAUGGUGUUUAUUGUGCGUGGAAAGUUGGAGAGCAUCGGAGAAGAUGGAAUUCCGGUUCCAUUAUCAGAAGGGGAUGCUUGUGGUGAAGAACUUCUAAGAUGGUAUCUUGAACAGUCUGUUGAAAGCAAAGAAGGUAAAAAAGUAAAGCUUCAAGGACAAGGAUUGACUAGUGACAGAACAGUAAGAUGCUUAACCAAUGUUGAGGCAUUUUCACUCCGCGCUAAAGACAUUGAAGAAGUGACCACUCUUUUCGCAAGAUUCUUGCGGAGCCCUCGUGUUCAAGGAGUUAUAAGGUAUGAAUCCACAUAUUGGAGAUCACUUGCAGCAAACAGAAUUCGGGUUGCAUGGAGAUACAGGAAGAAGCGUCUAAGUCGAGCUAAUACCAGACAAAAUGAUUAUCAAACAUUGAUGUCAUAGGCUGUACUCUAAUGUUUGAUUCACUACCAUUGAAGUCCUUGGAAUAGAAUAGUGGUGCGUUUAUAGGAUUUUAUUUUUAUUUUUAUUAGAAUAAGCUUAUAGGGAGUUAUAAAGUAGCUAGGUGCUAUAUAAUGAAUUUAUUGUA